AGCUAUUGUCCACGUUCCGUUCGCAUGGUUUGACACCAAUUUACUUGUACCAAAUCAGCCAAAUUUUCCCUACUUUCAAGGAUAUGACCUACUUGUGACAGUCGCCGUUUCUACCGGAUGCUGUUAUUUAUGUUGUUGGGCCUAGCUGUAAAUAGAUCUAGAUCUAUGUGAACCUUUACGAACCUAGCAAUCGGUUUUAUAAGAAAAGCGCUGUUAUUUUACAACCCGGAUGCUCAAAGAUUCUACACGGGUUAAUUUACAUAUUAAAAUUCAGAGGUGUUUUCCUUGACUUUCGUGGACAGUCACCAUUCGAAUUAAUUCAUAAAGCUUAUCCGCCUUUUGGCUUUAUUAUGAAUUACAGUAAUUGCUUAAUUGAAGUCGACUAGACCCGAGUUGUAGAAGUAAAAUAAGGCGUAGAUCUAGUUUUCUACAGAUUGAGACGGAGCUACUCAGCUGAGUUAUUAGAGUCUCUUAGACGGUUAUCUUUUGAUCAACGCUGAUAGUGAUAGGGCUGUGUGCUGUUGGUGACGUUGAAAAUAUUCUGAUAAUUCGUUCUCGAAUUCUAUUUCUCUUCACCACAUUGUUAGUAAAUUCUAGAUUAGGUCUAGUGUGUUGACGUAUGUCGUAUAGCACACUACACACCUAUUGUUUACACUUGGAUACUCAUUAACACACAGCUGAUUCCAGAUUGACAUUGUAUUGUACAGCUUAUCUUGAAAACUUGAAAAUAGUUGGCCUUUUUAGCGACUUUAUUGUUAGAGUAUAAGUAAAUGUGCAAGAAUGGACAGUAGUGAUAGCAGUUAUGAAUAUACGGAUGUGGAUUUGUUGCCCAAAAUAAUUGUCAAAGAUCCAGUCAUUCACAGCACAUGGGAGCAUGGGAAAUAUACAUCAUAUCAAAUUUGUAUCAAGACAGAGCAUCCAGCAUUUCAUUUGCAUCUUUCUGCUGUCAGAAGGCGCUACUCCGAGCUGAUUUGGCUUUAUAAUGUACUCAAAGCAAACCAUAAAUAUGUGUCAUUACCUGCUCUGCCACCCAAGAAAGUUUUAGCGGAAAGAUUUGAUCCAUCAUUUAUUAAAACAAGAAUGAAGCUAAUUGAAAACUUCUUAAAUGAGCUUCUGGUGACAGACACAGUUCUAUCAGACGCAGCAUUCCACUUGUUUCUACAGACCGACCUAACCACAGAGGAGAUGGAUGAGUACUUUGAGGGUCGUUUGUCUGAGUCUUUCAUUGAAAAUGCAUGGAAAAAUAUUGGCCAUGUUCACACAAGUAGUUAUGUUGUAAAUACAAAUAUUAUCCCGAUUGAACCCAAAGAGAUAGUGAUGAAUGAGGAGGACCGUCAGUACUGCGCCAAAAGGCUGUCCUCAGCAGAGAAUUCAUUGACACUCUCAGACAAGGAAAAUGGCAACAAUCAGCCAUCAACUUCCAAACAAACAACGAGCGACAUAGCAGGCUCACAGGCAGCACAAACACUCCCUGCAUCUGUGGUUAAGUACAGUGCACCCAGUGGUUCUAAAAAGGGGUUUUCAACAAGUAUACAAGGAGACGAUGACUAUGAGGAUGAUAAAAAUAGAUCAGGAUCCUCUGACUGUGUUGAAUUUGAAGGAUUGGGUUUACCAUUGAAAGGAGCCACUAAUUUUCAAAGUUCAAAGUAGUGUGAUUUCAGUUUAUAAAUAAAAGCAGCAGUUUAAAAUGGAGUAUUUCUAUUAAGUGAUACAAAGAAAUUAUUUCUAGUCUUCAAGAGCACUGCUGCGUACACAUUUGCUAAGCAAAUAAUGAACUAUACAUUUGUUGUUUUUAUGUGCUUUUUUGUACAUCUUUAAACACAAUUUUGUUUUAUAAGUCAUGGCAUUUGUGUAGUGGAUGUAUUCACACCAUUUUUUUUUAAAGACUUGCAAUAUUUUUAUACAAAUGUCCAUUAAUAUUUUAAAAUUGUUAUCAUUAUUCAAAAAAUGUUUUUAGAAUUAAAAAAAUUUAAUUAUAAGAAAUACAAAGAUUAUAAAACCUUAAGAAGCUAAUACAGCUGUUGAUGCUUAACGUUAAAACUUUGCCACACUAAACAACACAAUAUUACUUUAGCAACAAAAACUGACAAGAGGAACAAAACAUACAUAUUGUGUUUUCUAACGUGAUUUGUAUUAUUUGUUUCUGAGAUUUUUACCGUAGUUUUUUAAUACACUUUUGCUUUGUAAAAAAAACCUCUGGGUAGUUUCUGUUGUCUUAGCUCACAAUUAUAUUGACAUUGGAGCCUUGUGCACAUUUAGUAAUAGGUUUAUCACAGGUGAAAAACAAAUUGUUUGAUUUUCUGAAUCAUAACCAAAGUGUAACAAAAACACAUUAUCAAAUCUUGCCUUAAGCACAAAACUUCCCUUUACUUAAUGUUUUAUUAAAAACAAUCUUUCUUUGUUUUGCAAAUAGCAAUAUUUCUACCUUAAUUAAGUUAAUUCUUCAUGUUAGUGCCUUAAUGCAGCAAUAUAACAGUAUAAAUAAGCUUAUACAAAUUAUUUACGGAUAUCUUUAAAUCAGUUUUCAAAUCAAUAAAAAUUUAGCUUAGAUAUGAUCAAUAAUAGAUAUUUAGUUCACUUUGUCCAACCAAGAUUCUUGGAUCCAGAUGAUGUUUUCCAGCUUGUAUACAUACUAUUACUAUAUAGAUACAAAGUUGAUCAAUGAACACUUUUAUACAGUGAGUUAGGAUGUAUAGGUAUAGUAUAUUUUCAUUGCUAUUUUUAUUUUUAAAAACUUCUUACAACAUGGGACUGAAAAAACAUUUUUAAAUUCUAAAAUAUGGGAACCUGGUAGUUGAUUUUUAAAAAAAUGUCUGUUAAAAUUGUAAAUAAUUUGUAUAGUCUAUUGUAUAAAGCGCAAAAGGAGUUUGACAAAUCACACACUCCUGUGAUAGCCUGUUGUUAAAUUUCUUGACAUGAAAUUUAACUUAUUGUUCAUAUUGAACUGAAUCUUAAAAACACUGGUUUGUUUCACGCAAAAGUAAAACUGUAACAGUACUUUUAACUUUUUACAUUGAAAAAAACACAUUUUUUGUCUGUAAAUUGAAAAGCUGAAUAUUAUAAUAAUAUGUAACAGUUGUUAUAUUAAGGAAAUAAUUAUAAAGAAAUAAAGUUUUUAAUCAGCAGACU